AUGGAUGCACUUCACGAGCUACAAAAUUCCAAGCAGAGCUUUAUGCGCGUCAACCGACAGCGUGGAAUCUCCGUUCAACGAAAAAGCCGGUCUACCGUGUCUUGUUUCCCAUGUCGACAACGCAAGGUGAAAUGCGACCGUCUGGCCCCUUGUGGCCAAUGCACCCGCCGCAGCUCAGCUUCUGCGUGUGAUUAUUUGCCGAAUUCCAGCAAUGCAGAGACGUUGGCAUCAGUCUCACCUACAAUCACUAGUAUUUCAACCCAGGGAACUAUAGGCGACAUUCAGCCAGACCCAGUCGCUCCAACAGAUGAAAACUUGGUGCCUCCAACGCCCAAUAUUGAUCAUACAAAAAGUCCUGCUAUACUAUGCAACCAUCCUCCCCCAAGCACACCAGUCCCAGUAAUGGGGAGCAUUGAAUCUCUCACACCAUCUUGCUUUCAUGGCUCAGGGACAAGAACUAGGUAUUUUGGGCGAAGUCACUGGGCGUUGACGCUAGACAUGACACCAAGAUUCGAAACUCUAUUGCCACCUCGCAAUAUAACAGACAAGCUUGUGGAAAUCUACUUCUUGACCUUCGAAACAACUUUCCGUGUCCUCCAUGCUCCCCAGUUCCUAGCCGAGUAUGAGGCAUUUUGGACUCCGAGAGACAACACAUCCUCCAACAGUUGGCCGAGAGAUGUAUUUGUUGCCAAAUUACUUGGUGCAAUAGCAUGUGCGACCUCCCUCACUGACUCCGGUCUCCUCAGCACAGAAGAGCAAUCUCACACGCCAAACCAGACAGCCAAACAGUGGAUACAGGCAGUAGGAUCGUGGGCCAAAACAGUCACUACAUAUGCAAAGCUUGAUCUGGACUUUAUUCAAGUCAUGUGCCUAAUGCUAAUUGCACGACAGGCAAUUGCUUAUGAAGGUGAUCUAUCAUGGCUUGGAGCAGGAUCUCUAGUUCGAGAGGCGAUGAUGAUAGGCCUUCAUCGAGAUCCUAGCAAUUUCAAAGGCAUAUCACCGUUCCUUGCAGAAACACGCCGGAGACUUUGGUAUACAGUCAUGGAAUUGGAUCUUCAAGCUGCUUUGGAUACUGGUGUCCCGGCAACAAUAUCCGAAGAUGAAUUCGAUUGUGCUCCGCCGUCAGAUUUGAAUGACGAAGAUUUGUCUCCUGAUUCGAUUGUGGUCCCUCCACCGAAACAUGCUACUGUGUUGACUAGGACUUCCUUCCAGGUGUCACUAGCACAAAGCCUGAGCUCUAGAAUCAAGGUUGUCAAAAUUGUCAACCGGGUUCGCUUGAAAUCAACGUAUCAAGAUGUUCUAGAUCUUAGUGAGAUUAUCACAACAAAUCUUUCUCAGUCCCCAUUUCUUGUCCCCGAUCAUGAUUCUGUUGCGGAUGAAGGAUCAUUCUACCAUUUUCGAAAGUCCCUAUAUCUUUUUCUUGUGUAUCGAUACAUUCUCGCUCUCCAUAGACCCUUCGUUCUGAGCCUUGCAGAGGUUCGAACGGAGAUGUAUACGUUUUCUCGGCGGAUAUGCAUACAAGCAUGUCUAUCGCUAUUAUCACCUCUCAAACUGACUGAAGAUACAUCACUCGGGACACAACAGACAUAUCCCCACAUUCUGCGCCUUCGAGGCGGCAUGUUUCGAAGCGAGCUGUUUCACGCAGCUGUAACCCUCUGUUUUGAGCUUCGACUACAAGUAAAGGACAACUUGUUACCGGCGCUUCCUGGCGCUACCACAGAUUACGCAACUCAGAACAAUAAUCAGCGCGAUAUCUUGUUGGAUACUGUGAAAAGCGCCAUCAAGUACUUUGAAUUCAAAGUCCGAACCGAGAAGCAGGCCUGUAAAGCCUUCAUGCUUCUCAACAUGGUCUAUGUAUCCGCUCAGAGUGAACUUUUAUCGGGAACGGGAAAGCAUAGUAACUGCGGUACAACCACCAAUGAUCUUACUUUGGAGAAUGCAUGUCCACUUGCAGCUCGGCGAUGUCGGGAACUUCUACUUGAAGGCGAUGGUCAAGCAGACUGCCAGCAUUCGGAGGAGAAUUGGCUAGGGUAUCCAGGAAACCCAUUCAUGAACAAAGAAGUUACCGAAUGCCAGGUCGAACAUGGAAAUGCACAACCAAAUACAUCCGUACCGAUGAAGCCAAGUGAUUCAGAUUUAGUCUCUACAAUGCCCAUUGGGAGUUCUGAUCCCGAUUUAUUUGUGAGUAGCAUAUCCAAUCAUUAA